CGAGUACUAGAUAGCCCGGCGCCGCUAAGUAUCCAUAAUCGAUCCAGGUCCAGCUCCGAUCAGUUUCCACGUCCGGGUCCCGAGAUACCGCCCGGCCCGUGUAUACGAGUAGCACAGUGUCCGAAGAAGAAGUACUGCAAAAUGACAUCUCAGCACAGGAUUAAUGCUAGUAUAACCGAAAUCCAUGACAAAUAACUGAACGCUGAACGUUCGACUGUCAGUGGCGCCGCGAUCUUCUCCAUUUUCCCUCCGAUGAUCGCACGUCACGGUGGGAAGAUGGGUCAGUGAAGUCUGAUCCCGAUCCGUUCAGGUGGUGGAGGUCCAAGAGGGUCUAGGUUGCCAGUGGUGAAAUACGAGCGCAGAUACAGCCUGACAGGGUUAAAUGGGCGCUUGUAAAGCGAAUAAGACCUUUCUUGUGCUGGUGGUGGCGUUGAUACGCGUUUUAGUUCUGUUUGAGUAUUCUAUCGACUGCGGAACUUAUCGUAGAUAUCAUACGCUUCAGCGUCAAGAUAGCUAUUGGCAGACGAUAGAAGGUAAAAGUCGGCGGACCCCCGGGCCGCUGUCACAUCACCCAAACGAUAUGAACGCGAACGCCAAGAGUCAGCACUGGGGCCCAAUGGCGAUAUGUCGCGGUACCGUGACCGUGAGCGCAGAACAAAAACAAGACGACGAGCACGCCAUUUCCUGGAACCCCAAGCGGCAUGAACGUGAAAAGUCUGCAUCAAGACCCAAUAGCGAAUCAGCGAUAUAUCACACUGGUAUUGUGACCGCAGAACAAGAACAACAAGCGCAGAACCCAUGGCGGGUAACAAAAAAAAACAGAAAGCAAGAAGCGUAACAGCCUCAAGAAGCAGAACGACAAUGACCAAUGGCAUGUUGAUAGAAGCACAAGCGAAGAUAAGAGAUUUUUGCAAUACCGGC